AAUAGCGAGUUACUUUGAGUACUAAUAUUUCCCUUGUUAACGCCCCGAGACAAUGAAGCGAAAUUUAGAUUGAGGGCUCAUGAACAGUUAAGAAUUAUGGUUCAACAGCGAAGAAAAAUACCGAUUUAAUAUGGAAAAUGAAAAAACUAAUGAAGCGAAGCGACGUGGGCAGCGAGGCAAAAGUGUUGAUGAUGCUUUUAUGUUUGAUCAUCGUUCAAGUUUUGAGAUGCCGAAUGAAACAACUCCUCGAGACUCGGCCGAUGAUCUUUUAAAACUUAGGAAAAGGACACGAAAUAAAUCGUGGGCAAGUGGAGCAUUACGAAAAAAUUUCUUGCCAGUCGAGAAAAGAUCUCAGUCAUCUAAAGCUACGUUUGAUAAGCACAGGCCAUCACAUCGUGUGAAAUAUAACGGACAUCCGUUUGACAGGAACAAAACUGGGCGAUGGCAAGGGGAUUACAUCAAGAUGAACGUACCCAAGAAAUGGCUAAGAGACUAUGAGAAAAAGCAGGCAGAUUUUCAGAAGCAAACUAAAGGAAAGCUUGAGCCUCUGGAUCGAUUUCGACGUGCUGUUAGAAUGGUUCAAACUCUCAACACUUCAAUUCGGAGCAUCGUACAUCACGCUGUAGAGAAAGGCCAAUAUGAAGAAGUUACUUCUGACGCCACACUUAGCUUGAAAAGUGCCGCCGCCCAGGGAACUGUGGAGGAUCUAAUGUUUGAUCCAGAAAAUUACAAAUGCCACCACGAGUUUCUAAUACCAAGAUGGGCCAAGGAAAUUACUCUCAAGGAACCGCAGCAAAGGACUAAGCAAGAAAUUCAUUCCAUCGUUCAACUUAUGAAGCAACUCAAAGGUUUCCGUAGAUACAGCUUUAAGAUACAAGAAGCGAUUUGUGCGGCACUCAAAUACGAUUGCUUUGGACGACGUCGUGUGGUAAUUCGGAAAGGUCACGUUGCUCAACGGUUCUACUUUGUAUUUAAUGGCUCAGUGUGUGUGACAAUCGAUGAUGACGAACACAGCGCAUUUGUUAAACCAACUACCUUGCUCAGAAGAGGGGAUCACUUUGGGGAACUCGCUUUUAUUCGUGGACUGAGAAGGGCAGCCACAGUAGUUUGUCUAGAAAGAACUGAGUUACUGUCCGUGGAGAGAGAAGAUUUCUUUUCCGCUAAGAUUGACGUGUCCUUCAACGCGGAUAUGCAAAGGAGAGUGGCACUCCUAAAGGAGCAUCACGUGUUCAGCACGUGGCCUGUAGAUGUGGUGAAACAGGUUGCAGAGGAGAGCAUACUUCAGGACUACAAUAGUGAUGAAGUGAUUAUUCGUGAUUCGUCUAAGAUGCAUUGCAUAGUAUUCGUCACUAAGGGUCAGUGCAAUGUAUUAAGACUGUUAGACCUCGGUGACUGUAAGGAAUACAUCGACCACGCCUUGAAAUAUAGGAUGGGGAAAAUAAAAGAAGAUGGGUCAACAAUUUACAACCCUUUUGUGGACGACAUCUCUGUAAGCUCAGUAGUUUUACGAGGAUUACCUCCGAGAUCUGAGAGCCCCGAGGAAAACUCCACUGCAACGAGCUCGGUAAAAAGGGUGCGAGAAAAAGCGAAAUCGGCUCCUCCCAACACAAACCCAGGCUCGCAUCAGUCAGAAAUGAUAGCGUCUCGGCCUGUUACUAAAGGAAUCCUACACUUGGGAAGCUCAAAAAGAAAAUCGCCAAGGGGUCUAGUGAGUUUCCAGGAUAAACAUAGAGAAUUACCCGGUUUAGAAGUAGAAGUUUUGCAACCUUCCGAAAAUCCACCAAGAUCUCUUAAGCCCUCGGGCUCGCUGUACCAAAUUAACGAGAAGGAGGAGAGAUUCCAUGAGAAACGCGCUGUGGAUGAGAAUGUUGGUGUUGGAGUUUAUAUGAUGGUGGAUCGAUUGAGACCAGGUCAAUGUUUUGGUGCGUGGUCUUUGUUGGAGCUAGAGGACCAUUGCUUGCCCGCGGCUGAGAAGGCUAACUCUCCUUCACAACAAAAUGAACGAGACCUGACCAGCCAUAACAAGAAAAGUAUUAAAAGGCAGACUAAGGAGGAUAAACUAAGGGACAGACGCUUUACUUUGGUCAGUGCCGGCUGUGAAGUUGUCAAAGUAGCCAAAGAAGUUUUCUUCAAAUAUUCAGACGCUGAAACUCUUGAUAAACUUAAACAAUUAACAACCACUUAUCCUAAAGAUAGCUUCUUGUGUCAGAAAUAUCUUCAGCAGAGCGACUGGAGGACAUACAGAGAGAAUGUUGUAGAUAAUGUUGUGGUAAGGCACAUUGCUCGCCUAGAGACAGCUAAAGGAUCUGCUCGCUCACAUAAGGUCAGAUCAUCCCCAGUCCCGUCGCCGCUGGGCUCGGUAAAAAUGUGGCCAUCUAUAAAUUCCAAGUGGGAGUACUUCCUAGACGCAGGAUGGGAGUCUGCACAAGUCAACGCACCAGCUGUUGACGCCAGGACUUCAAGACCACACAGCUCCGAUUGUUCUGCUAUAAAUCCAUCAAGUCGGGGUCGGAGUCCAUCAUCGAGAAAACAAUCACCGUACACCACGCCCCGUGGUUCACCCAUACCUCUUCCUUCACCUGCCUCAAAAUCGUCCGAAAAGCUUUUACCGCUGGUCAAAAAUGACCUGGUGCUGGCUCAGGGUAGUCAGAGGGCACUAGUACUGACUCAUGGCGGUAGUAGGAGUAAUAAUUAUCAACUACAGAUCGAGAGACGAAUAAUUGACAAAAACGACUCCAGGAAAAAUAAUCCACUUUUAAAUAGAGUGAAAUAGCAUUUAGGAUCCAUCAAGGGGUCGUUUCAAAGAAUCAAUCGACUCUUCUCCCAAACUACCGCCUAAUUUAAGUAUAUGAAAUUAUUUAUCACGAAUUAAAAGUUGUAUUGAAUGUUUUAUCCGAUGACAUUAAAAAAUCUUGAGAUAGGUGAU